CUGAGUACUCUCAGCAUGGCCACCAGGGAUCUGGCAGUAGGAAUGAUCUUAAUACAGACUGUGGUUGGAAUCCUGGGGAACUUCUGUCUUCUUUACCAUUAUCUCCUCCUUUAUUUCACUGGGUAUAGACUGAGGUCUACAGAUUUGAUUGUCAAAAAUCGGAUUGUAGCCAACAUUUUGGUCCUGUUCUCUGUUGGAAUACACAAUACAAUGUCAUCUUUUGGGUGGUAUCACAUCUGCAGUGAUUUUGGAUGCAAAUUUUUCCCCUAUUUUGGUGGUGUGGGCAGGGGGGUGUCUGUUGGCACCACCUGCCUCCUGAGUGUCUUCCAGGCCAUCACCAUCAGCCCUAGGAAUUCCAGGGUAGCAGCACUUAAAGGGAAAGCUCCCAAGUGCAUUGUCCCUUCAGUUGUCCUGUGCUGGGUGUUGCAGAUAUUGGUAAAUAUCCUGUGUCCUUUGUUUAUGACUAUCACUUUGAACAACAAAAACAUCACAAAUAGAAAAAGUUUUGGAUACUGUGCAAUUAUUCGUCAUGAGAAAAGCAGAGAUCCAUUGUAUGUAGCAUUGUUGUCAUUCUUUGAUGUGGUAUUUUGGGGGCUCAUGCUCUGCGCCAGCAGCUCCAUGGUCUUCCACCUGUACAGGCACAAGCAAAGGGUUCAACAUAUUCUUAGGACCAGUGUCUCCUCAUCAUCAGCUGAGUCUACAGCCACCAAAACCAUCCUUCUCCUGGUGAGCACCUUUGUCUACUUUAACACCCUCUCCUCUAUCAUUCGUAUUGUUUUGGGUCUUUUUGAUAAUCUCAACUAGUACUUUUUGAACACAGAUUUAGUGAUCACUCUAUGUUUCCCAACCCUCAGCCCCUUUCUGUUCCUGAGCCGUGACCUCAGGGUAUCCAUGGUCUGCUUUGCCUGGAUAAGGAAUAUAAAAUCCCCUCAUGUUAUGAGAAACAUGUAA